UUAUACGACAGUAAAAAAAACAUACGAGUACAAAAUAGAUCUCUCCCCGUCCCCUCGACCACUACUGUUGCUUGGUUGCUUACUAACACACAAUUUAUUAUAAAUUGCGUGUGUGUGUCUGAUUUUGCCAAACAAAUUAGCAGCAACUCAAUAUAAGAAAUUUAAAUAAAAUCCCCCACAACUCAACCUUUAUAAUAGCCUUGCCCCAUAUAUCAAAAUCCCCGAUUGUUGCGUAGUCAAAAACAUUGAAUUGCUUUGAUUUGAUAUGAAUUAAGGGAGGGGUUUGUAAAUAAAAAACAAUAAUAAUAAUAAAAAAAUAAAGAUGAGAAGACAAAGGGGGGAGUUUAGGCGUGGGCCAGUGAGGCGGCGGUUUUCGAAUGGGUUUUGGUUGUUAACAGUAAUCUGUGGAUUUGCGUUCGCUGUUUUGUUGUUUAUUGUUUUCUUAAGUCGUGACACCACCACUCAACCUGGAUCCAGACCCAGAUCCGUUUUAUCCAAGGGUCCUUAUGGGCGCGAUAAAGUCAUGGAGGGCCUUAACGUGACAGCCGAAAUGUUGAACCCAGACUCAAUCACACGACAACUCAAUGAUCAGAUAUCACUAGCAAAAGCAUUUGUUGUGAUUGCAAAGGAAAGCAACAACCUCCAAUUUGCAUGGGAGCUGAGUGCCCAGAUUCGUAACUCCCAGAUCCUUCUCUCAAAUGCAGCCUUAAGGAGAUCUCCAUUAACACUUCAAGAAUCAGAAACUGCUGUUAGGGACAUGGCCCUUUUGCUUUACCAAGCCCAACAACUCCACUAUGACAGUUCGACCAUGAUCAUGAGACUUAAAGCCAGAAUACAGGAUCUUGAAGAACAGAUGAGUUCUGUAACCGACAAAAGUAAUAAGUAUGGCCAAAUAGCUGCUGAAGAAGUCCCAAAGAGCCUAUACUGUCUUGGUGUCCGUUUGACCACCGAAUGGUUCAAAAAGCCAGAUUUACAGAAAAAGUUCUCCAGAAACGGGCAAUUCAGCAUGAAAUUGAAAGACAACAAUCUGUACCAUUUCUGUAUUUUCUCAGACAACAUACUUGCUACGUCCGUCGUGAUAAAUUCAUCAGCAACAAAUUCAUUAAACCCCGAUCGGUUAGUGUUCCAUCUUGUAACUGAUGAGGUGAAUUAUGCUGCCAUGAAGGCGUGGUUUACCAUGAAUAGUUUUCGUGGGGUGACUGUUGAUGUUCAGAAGUUUGAAGAUUUCAGCUGGUUGAAUGCCUCUUAUGUCCCUGUUCUUAAGCAGCUACAGGACUCUGACACCCAAAACUAUUACUUUUCUGGAAGUAACGAUGGUGGGAAAACUCCAAUCAAGUUUAGAAACCCUAAGUAUCUAUCAAUGUUGAACCAUUUGCGGUUUUAUAUUCCAGAAGUUUUUCCUUCUUUGAAGAAACUGGUGUUUCUUGAUGAUGAUGUUGUAGUUCAAAAGGAUCUAUCGGGUCUCUUCACUGUAGAUCUGAAGGGUAAUGUGAAUGGUGCUGUAGAAACAUGUAUGGAAACGUUUCAUAGGUACCACAAGUACUUAAACUACUCUCACCCGCUUAUAAGAUCACAUUUUGAUCCUGAUGCUUGUGGGUGGGCUUUUGGAAUGAAUGUCUUUGAUUUGGUGGAGUGGAGAAAAAGGAAUGUUACCGGGAUUUAUCAUUAUUGGCAAGAAAAGAAUGUGGAUCGGACGUUAUGGAAGCUUGGGACGCUGCCACCUGGACUACUUACGUUUUAUGGAUUGACAGAGCCUUUGGAUCCUAACUGGCAUGUACUAGGUUUGGGAUAUACGAAUGUGGAUCCUCAGGUUAUUGAAAAUGGAGCUGUGCUACACUUUAAUGGUAACUCAAAGCCUUGGUUGAAAAUUGCAAUGGAAAAGUACAAGGCUUUAUGGGAGAAGUAUGUCGAUUACAGCCAUCCCAUGUUGGAACGAUGCAAUUUCCACUGAUUUGUACUGGUAAAUUUAGUUCUUCUCUUCUUUUUGAUGUGAAAAGUGAAGAUUAAGUUAUUCUUAUAGAUACAUGCCGGAUUGGCUGUGCACAUGCGGUCUUUUGGUUCAUAUCAAGGUCUCUUAUUUAAUUAAAGGUUAUGGUAUCUAGUUAUUGGGUUUAGUGUAAUAACUACGGUGUAUACUGUAUGGGUGAUUUUGAUAAUAUAUAUGUUAGUGAAUUUUUGAGAUCA